AUGGCGACGAAGACGACACUGACGACGACGUCAACGGCGACACCAGCAGCAGACUCAUUGCCAAAGACGCCGUCGUUCGAUGAGCACGAGGUUCUCGACGAUGUCGGCGAACUGUCUGCCAGUGUCGAGGCUCGUCAGGCCAGGGUUGCCAAAUACGCCGUCAGAGGCAAGGAGGACAAGAUCUCUGAACGCUCCGAGCCCGAUCCAGCAAUUCGGACCAUGCGGGAGGAUCAUGAAAAACUCUGCGAUGGUCAUCAAUCUGUACCACCAGUGAUGGCGUUUCAUCUGGGAUCCCUUGGGUUUUUGACGCCAUUUGAGUUUGAAAACUUCCAGGACCAAGUGCAUUAUGUAUUGGAAGGACAUGCAGCACUAACUCUUCGAAGCCGGUUGCGGUGCAUCAUAAUGCGUAAGGCAGACGAAGAGGAGCCGGUUGUUCCCGGAGUGACGCCCUCUAACGGCGCGAAGCUUAAGGAAAGCAACGCAGAUGUCGCUGCUGCCGGGAACGGCAGUAACCAUCACCACCACCACCACCAUCAUCAGCACCUCCACCAACACCAUCACAACACUCAGCACCAGCAUCACAACCACGGCAGUCUGGGGAAGCACCACACGCACCAUCCUGCCAAGCCAGUGGCACCACCUCCGAAUAACCUCUUGGUGCUCAAUGAGGUCGUUAUUGAUCGUGGCCCAUCGCCGUAUUUGUGCAAUAUUGACCUGUUUCUGGACGGGAAACAAAUCACUUCUGUCCAGGGAGACGGUACAUACAAAGACGUGAAGUCGAGAAUGGUAUUCUUGAGAGUGACGACGUCGAUUUACCCAGUGCCUUCGAUUUGCUCCCAAGACCAAAUCGCGGAUUGGUUCGAGUCCCUGGCUGAGUGUCUGCACUGGAACAUGCGCAAAAAGCAGCGCCAAUUCGACGAGUCCCUGUCUGACAAUUCGUACCCAGGGGAAAGAUCGUCAUCUUCGUCGUCGGCGUCGUCGGUGUCGUCAAUCGACGGAGAAAAUCCCGAUGACACUGACGGCGUGGUCCCGGCUGCUGACGAGAAAGUUGAGAAUAACUGA